UCUUUUAUUCAAAUGCGUCCCUUUAUACUUUCUAGCAUUGCUCUUUCUUUAGUUCAAUGCGUAUUUGCUGUUGAACAACCCACAACAGAUGGUUUAUCAAACCCACCUGGAGUGACUGGCAAUGUUCACUAUGCUAAUUUAUUAAAUGUCUCUAUGUGGUUUUAUGAAGCACAACGAAGUGGUUAUUUGCCUGCCAAUAACCGUGUGCCAUGGCGUUCUAAUUCUGGUCUGCAAGAUGGAAGCGAUAACAAUGUUAACUUGACGGGUGGCUAUUAUGAUGCUGGUGACUAUCUCAAGUUCUCUUUACCACUGGCUUAUUCAUUGUCAAGUCUUGCUUGGGGUGCCAGUACUUGGUUUGAUGGUUAUCAAAAAGCCAAUCAAGUAGGCUAUUUACGAGACACAAUCAAAUGGGGUACCGAUUGGCUCAUUCAGGCACACCCAAACAAUGACACCUUCUAUGUUCAAGUAGGUGAUGGUGAUAUCGACAACAAUUAUUGGGGACCCGACACUGGCAUCCCAACACCUCGUCCUUCUUAUCAAGUCAAUCGAACUGCCGUAGGAACAGAUGCCGUUGCCAUUUCUGCUGCAGCACUUGCAUCAGCCUCAUACUUAUUUAGAAACUAUAUCAACGAUACAGACUAUGCCAACACGCUCUUGACUUCUGCUACCUCUCUUUUCAACUUGGCCGAUACCGCUCAGCCUCGCAACGUCUAUACCAAUGCUAUCCCCGCCAUUGCCGAAUUUUACAACACCAACAAUUAUACCAGCCAAUUAACGUAUGCCGCUCUUUGGAUGUAUAAAGCCACGAACAACGUGACCUAUCGUACCAUGGCCUCUGACUAUUUUGACGCUUUUAAGCUCGAUCAUAGUCAAAUUACCGUCAUGGACUGGUCUGAUCAGACCAAUGCUGUGUUUGUGCUGGGUGCCGAAGUCGAUGCCACCAAUCCUAAAUACGCUACAGCUGCCAAGAAAGUCUUGGAUGCAAUCACGACCAGUGGCUCAGGUUCCCCAUGCACAUUUACCAAUGGUGGCUUGUUGUGGUGUGAUGGCUACAGUACCGAGAAUUCCUUGAUUCCUGCUCAAGACAUGGCCUUGUUGGCUCUGCUCUACAGUCGACUCGAUAGCUCGAAAUCCGAUAGCUACACUCAAUUUGCCUUGAACCAAAUCAACUAUUUGCUCGGCAACAAUUACAUGAACACACCUUAUGUCUGUGGUAUUCACAAGAAUUCGCCUCGUAAUCCUCACCAUGCAGGUGCUUCAGGCGGUACGGAUAUAGGCAACAUCAAUGGUUCUCCUGCUGAAGAAACCCAUAUCUUAUAUGGCGCCAUUAUCGGUGGUCCCGAUAAGCAAGAUAAAUUCUAUGAUAUCCGUGAUGAUUACUCACAAACAGAAGUUGCCUUGGACUACAAUGCACCCUUUCAGGGUUUGGUUGCUUAUCAAAUCAGUACCAACGCUGCUGAUCCUCCUUAUGUGACCAUUACGGCCGAUAGACCUAGUGUGUCUCGUUCAAGUGGUAUUCCUCACUGGCUUAUUGCUGUUAUUGUGAUUUGUGUGGUGUUUGUGAUAGCCCUUGUGAGCUAUGUUCUUUAUUGGAAGCGUGUUUGGUGCUUUAACCGAGGUUACAACAAGGCCUAAAUUUGUAAUAAUAAAUCAUGUAGAGAGUUAUUUUUAUUUUAUUGCUAUGGUGUAACACAACAAAAAGAAAUCUAAAAUAAGGUGAUAAAGUACAGUCUUUUUAUUUUAUUU